GGUUCUCGUUGCGACCUGAUCGUCAGCGGCCUCCGCAGAGCUCCUUAUCGUUGCGCGCUCGAGGUCGUGACUACGGCGCGCUGCGAGGUGUGGGACUUUUUCCGGAGCUCCAGGCUGCAUUGAGGAGAGGAGGAAUCGCACCCCGACGGUCGGUCGAUCGAUCGUUGUUCUAGAGUCUGGGGAUUCUUUGUCGCCUGUCGUCGUGAGCGCUCUCAGCAGCGCAGAAAGAGAGUGCUAGCAAUGGAGGCUCUUCAACAGGUCGCCUCUGUCAGGUCCUGCUCCAUCGGAGCUGCUGCCGUCGUCGACUGUGCGGCGAGCUCGAAUUUCCAGCCCUUGGCUCGUGCUUCGUUGGGCAGGAAAUCCGUCGCUUGCCAGGGUGUUUCGACCUCCGCGUCGUUGAGCUCGUUCACCUUCAAUUCUCUGGCCUCGAAGGUCCCUGCCGUGGAGUCUGGAAAGAAGGGAUGCCGGGGAGUGGUGACCAUGCGCGCGGACACCGCCGCGGGCGGGUACGCUUCCGCCUUGGCCGAGCUUGCUCAGGGUGGCAACAUUUUGGACGCCAUCUACAGGGACGUGGAGAUUCUCGGAGACAUGUUGAAGAACAAGGAGGUUUUUGAGUUUCUGUCCAGCCCUAUUGUGGUCGAAGAGAAGAAGAAGAGCAUUCUGAAGACUUUCGCCGAUGACGCUAAAUUCCACGAUUACACCCUGAAUUUCCUCUACAUCCUCAUCGACAAGAAGAGAUUUGGCCUUAUCAACGACAUUUGCAAGGAGUUCUCCGGUAUCUACUACGAACUGACCGAGACUCAGCUCGCCACUGUUAUCUCUGCCGUCAAGAUCGAGAAGGCUCAGCUAGCUCUGAUCGCGAAGAAGAUCCAGUCCUUGAGCAAUGCCAAGAACGUGAGGAUAAAGAAUGAAAUCGAUCCAACUCUGAUUGCAGGUUUCAAAGUGAAGUUUGGAAAGGAUGGUUCCAGAUCUGUGGACUUGAGCGUAAAGGGACAGCUUGACAAAAUCUCUGCGCAGUUUGAGUACGCCGAGAAGGCGGGAGCAUACUAGAAAUGCAACGGCAAUGCCGAAUUGGAAAUUCUGCCAAUUGCAUAUAGCCUGUUCUCGGAGACUAAUUUAGUCUUCCGACACUGCGGAAUUUCUAGAACCAGUCGACAAAUUUGACAGUCUCAGGAUGAAGUAUUUGUAUAAUGACAGUUUUCUCAGCCUCACUUUUUUCUGGCGGAGUGGACAUUGUGUAGUAGAAAAUUCUUUGAAUCUCUCAAAUUGAGGUUGUAUCAACAACACAUAGAUAUUUUUGAAUUGGGCUUGCGUGUUUGGCCCCGAGUAUACUUCC